AUGUCUCUUCAAGAUAAGGUCGUCGUCAUCACCGGUGGCUCCAAGGGAAUCGGAAAGGCCAUUGCCCUCGACGCCGCCUCGAAAGGUGCCAAGGUCGUUGUCAACUACAGCAGCGACUCUGCCGCCGCCGACGAGGUAGUCAAGCAGAUCGGCGGGGAACGCGCCAUUGCCGUCAAGGCAGACAACUCCAAGCUGCCAGAAUUGCAAAAGCUCGUUGACGCCACCGUGGAGAAAUUCGGCCGCAUCGACAUCCUCAUCCCCAAUGCCGCUAUGAUGCACAUGCGCACUGUCGAGAACACCACCGAAGAAGAUUUCGACAUCAUGUUCAACACCAACGUCAAGGCGCCAUACUUUUUGACUCAGAAAGCGCUUCCUCACAUGUCCGAGGGCGGCCGGGUCAUUUUCAUCUCGACCACCGUUCUCGCCUCCAGCAAUCUCCCACCACCAUACCUGCUUUACGCCUCUACGAAGGGAAGCAUCGAACAGAUGACAAAGUACAUGUCCAAGGACCUCGCGAAGAAGGGCAUCACGGUUAACGCGGUUGCCCCGGGCCCGACCGGCACGGAUCUGUUUUACAAGGAUAAGACGCCGGAGAUGAUCAAGCACGUCACGGCCGGUAGCCCAUUCGGCAGGAUUGGUGAGCCCGAAGAAAUCGCGGCGGUCGUUUUGUUCCUCGCUAGCAAGGAGUCUGCUUGGGUGUCAGGUCAGGUCAUUCGUGUGAAUGGAGGAACAGCAUAA